CAUAUGAUGUCUUCAUUAUAUGUGUUGUACUAAGUGUACUGUUUCUUUCUUGAUUAUUUGUGAUGAAUGUUGGCCCAUUACUGCCCAGCAGCUGUAUUUCAUACUGGCCCAUUACUGUAGCCAUAAGUUGGCCUGUUUUUGUAGCUACUGUGUGUCUACCUAUACGUUGAUCCGGACGAGGUACUAAGUCAAAGGUUGAUCGCUCGAACCAGUCAAACCGAGAGUCAACAACCCUGUCGACGAUGUUUAUACUACUAAAAUUUUAUAUUAUAUAUUAGAUAUUUUUAGUCAAUAAAAAUAACUUAAUUUCUUCUUUUAUUUUUCUAUCUAGUCUUUAAUAUCAUUGUGCAUAUAUUAUUUCACACCUUCUAUAUUUUAUUAUAUGAUUUUUAUUAUUAUUCAAAACUAAUAAUGAAUGUCUAAUAAAUACUUAAAUAAUAAGGGGAUACUCAUAUUUUUAAAAAGUAAAGACUAACUAAUGUAUUCUUGUAUACAAUUGACAUUUUAAACUAUGUAUUUAUUUGAAUAAAAUGAUUAAAAAAAGAUGUAGCAUAUGAAGUACUCCCUCUGUCCACCAUAGAUCUUCCCAUACACUAUUCACAGUGUCAAACUUUACUCACUUUGUUUGCUCAAUUUUACUAGUCGUUUCGUAAAAUAAUAGUCUUGUCACUUCUAGUUUUGUAGAAUUUUUCAUGUAGUUUAUUACUAUAUAAAUUUUAUUUUAAAAUUUUACUCCCAUAAACAAUUAAAUUGAAUUGAAAAUAAAGUCGGUCAAGCCUCGUAACGCGUAAUGGGAAGAUCUUAGGUGGACGGAGAGAGUAUAUGAUUAUAUGAAUUGCGUAAUGUAUUCAAGUAUAGAUUAUAUGAAGUAUAUUUAUUUUUGAAUUAAAUUUAAAUAAUUCUCAAUUUUUUGGAACUAUUUUAAAAGUUCAUAAAGUGAGUUAGAUGCACAAUGAAAAAACUUACGUGGGACAUUUUGUAGUUAAUUCAUUUUGUAUACGACAUGUGUAAAAAAAAAGUGUUUGGCUCACCUGGCUUACCAAUGUUCACAUAGGUACAAUGAUGUUAGGUUUGAACAUCAUUGGCAUUUUAAAUUUUACAACAUUAAAAUUUCAUAAAAAUUAAGUUUUUGCCCAAAUCUGUAAGGUGAACCGGCCAGAUUGACCCAGGUCACCUGGUUCUCCGAGUCGGACUAGUUUGGGCUCAAUCCCAAAAUGGGUUUAUCCAUCAAAUCGGACCGGAUUUAAAAAAGGCCAGAUUUUCAGACUCCAUCAUCAACAGCUAAACAUAUGCAUCUGGAAUGUGGCGUUGUGGCGGGAACCUACUGAGAAGGGCCUCCACAGGACGGCCCGUACUUUCUCACCCGCCGAAUCGCAACGGUGGCGCGAUCCGAGCCCUCAUCGUCGGCUCGAAUGCGGCGGCGUCGAGUCCGAGCGCGUCGAUAUGGCGGCGCAAGAAGGAAUUGGGGAAAGAAGGUUUAAUGGCGGCCAAGGAGCUCAAGCGGUUGCAGUCCGACCCGAUCCGUCUCGAACGGUUCAUCAAGUCUAGUGUUUCUCGUCUGCUCAAAUCCGAUCUCGUCGCCGUCCUCGCGGAGUUUCAAAGACAGGAGCUUGUGUUUCUCUCCAUGAAGAUAUAUGAGGUGGUGCGAAAAGAGAUAUGGUAUCGGCCGGAUAUGUUUUUCUAUAGGGAUAUGCUUUUGAUGCUUGCAAGGAACAAAAGAGUAGAUGAAGGGAGGAAGGUUUGGAAAGAUUUGAAGAGUGAGGGAGUCCUUUUUGACCAGCACACAUUUGGUGACCUUGUGAGGGCAUUCUCGGAUGCUGGACUGCCGGAGGAGGCAAUGCAUGUAUAUGAUGAAAUGAGAAACUCUACUGAGCCCCCGUUGUCUUUGCCUUACCGUGUGAUUUUAAAAGGGCUCCUUCCCUAUCCGGAUUUGAGAGAGAAGGUUAAGGAUGACUUCCUUGAGCUUUUCCCAGACAUGAUCAUUUAUGACCCUCCUGAGGACUUGUUCAGUGAUGAAGACUUGAGAAAUGAGAACAGGGAUGAGUGAUUUAUGCCUUGAUACAAUGCUCUCUUUUUCUUGUAGAGAAGUUUUAUUGUCUCUUCAAGUGGAUUGUUGAAAUGACAUUGGUCGCCAAUGUCAAAAAAAACAGACCCGAAAAUGAGAAAUGACUAAUUGAGUAUAUGUCAAAAGUCUAAACCCCUUCUUGAUAAUUAUUACUAUUCUUCCACCCUGAUCCACAACUAGCCAUGUACUUCAUAAUCCAUUGUCAUUGCUCACCACUACUAUAGUUAUUAAAAUGUGUCAUUUAAU